GCGGAACGCAGAGAUUCUAGGAUUCUACCCCGUCCGGGCAGUGACGUCCCUCAAAGGGGGCGGGGCGCGGACGCCAUUUUGGUUGUUGUUGUUGCCAGGGAGACGCGGCCUAGCCGAGGACGCGAUGCAGCUGAGGCACGUCCGGACCUUGUUGGCGCCUCAGGACGGGGCGGCGAAGGUGACGUGCCUGGCCUGGGCGCCCAACAACGCCCGCUUCGCCGUCUGCACCGUGGACCGCGUGGUCCUCCUCUACGACGAGCACGGAGAGCGGAGGGACAAGUUCUCCACCAAGCCUGCAGACCCCAAGUAUGGCCGGAAGAGCUACGUGGUUAAGGGCAUGGCCUUCUCCCCAGACUCCACCAAGAUUGCCAUUGGGCAGACGGACAACAUCAUCUACAUCUACAAGAUUGGAGAGGACUGGGGCGAUAAGAAGGUGAUCUGCAACAAGUUCAUCCAGACGAGCGCCGUGACCUGUCUGCUGUGGCCGGAGGAGAACACCAUCGUCUUUGGUCUGGUGGAAGGAAAGGUUCGCCUGGCAAACACCAAGACCAACAAGUCGUCCACCAUUUACGGGACGGACUCCUACGUGGUGUCUCUGGCCUCCAAUGUCUCGGGGAAGGGGAUCCUGUCCGGACAUGCAGAUGGGACCAUCGUGCGCUACUUCUUUGAUGACGAAGGCUCUGGGGAGUCACAGGGGAAGCUGGUGGUGCACCCGUGCCCACCGUACGCUAUGGCCUGGGCCUCCAGCAGCAUCGUGGUGGCCGGCUGCGACAAGAAGAUCGUGGCCUACGGAAGGGAGGGGCACAUCAUCCAGACCUUCGACUACAGCCGGGACACCUCCGAGAAGGAGUUCACGGUGGCCGCCGCCAGCCCCGGGGGCCAGUCGGUGGUCAUUGGCAGCUUCGAUAGACUCCGAGUUCUGAACUGGAGCCCCCGCCGGAGUGCCUGGGAGGAAGCCAAGCCCAAGGAGAUCCCCCACCUCUACACCAUCACCGCCUUGGCCUGGAAGAGGGACGGCUCUCGUCUCUGUGCGGGCACCCUCUGCGGUGGAGUGGAACAGUUUGAUUGCUGCCUCCGGAGGAGCAUCUACAAGAACAAGUUUGAGAUGACGUACGUGGGGCCCAGCCAGGUGAUUGUGAAGAACCUCUCCACCGGGAUGCGGGUGGUGCUGAAGUCCCAUUAUGGCUACGAGAUUGACGAGGUCAAGAUCCUGGGCAAGGAGCGUUACCUGGUGGCCCACACCCCGGAAACCCUCCUCCUGGGGGACCUCACCUCCAACAAGCUCAGCGAGGUGGCCUGGCAGGGCUCUGGCGGGAAUGAGAAGUUCUUCUUCGAGAACGAGAACGUCUGCAUGAUCUUCAACGCUGGGGAGCUGACGCUGGUGGAGUACGGGAGCAACGAGAUCCUGGGCUCCGUGCGGACAGAGUUCAUGAACCCUCAUCUCAUCAGUGUCCGCAUCAACGAGCGGAGGCAGCGGGGCUCCGAGGAGAACAAGCGCCUGGCCUACCUGGUGGACAUCAAGACCAUCGCAGCCGUGGACCUUGUGGGGAGCUACAACAUUGGCACCAUCAGCCACGACAGCAAGAUUGACUGGCUGGAGCUGAACGAGACGGGGCACAAGCUGCUCUUCCGGGACAAGAAGAUGAAGCUUCACCUGUAUGACAUUGAGAGUGCCACCAAGACCACCAUCCUGAGCUACUGCUCCUAUGUCCAGUGGGUCCCUGGGAGCGACGUGGUGGUGGCCCAGAACCGGAACAACCUCUGCGUCUGGUACAACAUCGACACCCCCGAGCGAGUGACCAUGUUUCCCAUGAAGGGAGACAUUGUGGACCUCCAGAGGGGCAGCGGCAAGACGGAGGUGAUUGUGACGGAGGGCGUGAACACCGUGUGCUACACUCUGGACGAGGGGCUCAUUGAGUUCGGGACGGCCAUUGACGACGGCGACUACCACAGGGCUAUGGUCUUCCUGGAGACACUGGAGAUGUCCGCCGAGACCGAGGCCAUGUGGAAGACGCUCAGCCGGCUGGCCCUGGAGGCCAAGCAGCUGCACAUCGCAGAGAGGUGUUUUGCUGCUCUGGGACACGUGUCCAAAGCUCGGUUCCUCCACGAGACCAACGCAAUUGCAGACCAGGUGGCCAAGGAGUAUGGAGGGGAGGGCACUGACCACUACCAAGUCCGGGUCCGCCUGGCCAUGCUGGACAAGAACUACAAGCUGGCGGAGAUGAUUUUCCUGGAACAGAAUGCGGUGGAGGAAGCCAUGGACAUGUACCAGGAGCUGCACAUGUGGGAGGAGUGCCUGGCGGUGGCUGAGGCCAAAGGCCACCCAGCGCUGGAGAAGCUGCGCCAGGGCUACUACGAGUGGCUGCUGCAGAGCCAGCAGGAGGAGCGUGCGGCCGAGGUGCAGGAGGGUCAAGGGGACCUGCAGGCCGCGGUGGGGCUCUACCUGAAGGCGGGGCUCCCGGCCAAAGCGGCGCAGCUGGUGGCCGGAGGAGAAGAGCUGCUGGGCAGCAGGGACCUGGUCAACCGCAUUGCCACCGCCCUCCUGCGGGGGGAGCUCUUUGAGCAGGCGGGGGAGCUCUUUGAGAAGAUCCGGAACCCGCAGAGGGCGCUGGAGUGCUACCGCAAGGGCUGCUCCUUCCUGAAAGCAGUGGAGUUGGCGCGCUCUGCCUUCCCGGCGGAAGUAGUCAAGCUGGAGGAGGCCUGGGGUGACCACUUGGUGCAGCAGAAGCAGCUGGAUGCCGCCAUCAACCACUACAUCGAAGCCCGGUGUGCCGUCAAGGCCAUAGAGGCCGCCAUCGGGGCCCGGCAGUGGAAGAAGGCUGUGUAUAUCCUGGAUACGCUGGACGCCAAGGUGGCCGCCAAGUACUACCUCAAGAUCGCCCAGCACUACGCGGCCCUGCAGGAGUACCAGAUGGCGGAGGAGCUCUACGUCAAAGGGGACCACACCAAGGAGGCCAUCGACAUGUACACUCAGGCCGGGCUCUGGGAGCAGGCGCACAAGCUGGCCUCCAAGUGCAUGCGGCCAGAGGACGUCUCCAUCCUGUACAUCACGCGGGCCCAGGAGAUGGAGCACCAGGGCAAGUACAAGGAGGCCGAGAGGCUCUAUAUCACGGUGGACGAGCCGGACCUGGCGAUCACCAUGUACAAGAAGUGCAAGAAGUACAAGGAGAUGCUGCGCCUCCUGGGCAAGUACCACAAGGACCUCCUGAGCGACACGCACCUCCACCUGGGAAAGGAGCUGGAGGCGGAGGGGCGCCUGCAGGAGGCCGAGUAUCACUACCUGGAGGCCAAGGACUGGAAGGCGGCCGUCAACAUGUACCGCGUCAGCAACAUGUGGGACGAGGCCUACCGGGUGGCCAAGGCCCACGGAGGGGCCAACUCCCACAAACACGUGGCCUUCCUGUGGGCAAAGAGUCUCGGCGGGGAGGCCGCCGUGAAGCUGCUCAGCAAAUUUGGGCUUCUGGAGAUGGCCAUUGACCAUGCGGCCGACAACAGCAUGUUUGACUUUGCCUUUGAGCUGGCGAGGCUUUCCCUGAAGCAGAGGCUCCCCGAGAUCCACUUCAAAUACGCCUCCUUCCUAGAGGACGAGGGCAAAUUCGAAGAGGCAGAAGUGGAGUUUGUGAAGGCUGGGAAGCCCAAGGAGGCCGUUCUGAUGUAUGCUCAUGCCCAGAACUGGGGGGCGGCACAGCGUGUGGCGGAGGCCCACGACCCAGAGAGUGUGGUGAUUGUGCUAGUGGGCCAGGCGGACGCAGCCUUCAAGCAGAAGGAGUUCCAGAAGGCAGAGGCCCUCCUACUGCGCGCCCAGCGCCUGGACCUGGCCGUCAAGCACUACAAGGAGGCUGGCAUGUGGAUGGACGCCCUGAGGGUCUGCAAGGAGUACCUGCCCGGAGACCUGGACGCACUGCAGGAGGAGUACGAGCAGGAAGUGGCCAAGAAGGGGCCCAGGGGCCUGGAGGGUCUGGUGGAGCAGGCGCGCGAGUGGGAGCAGGCCGGGGAGUAUGCGCGUGCUGUGGACUGCUACCUGAAGGUGCGCGACCCCAGCAACAGUGCCCUUGCCGAGAAGUGCUGGAUGAAGGCAGCAGAGCUGGCCAUCAAGUUCCUUGGACAGCCGCGGAGCACGGAGGUGGUGCGGACGGUGGGGCCGCUGCUGGUGGGCCUGGGCAAGUUCAGCGUGGCAGCAGAGCUGUAUCUGAACCUGGACCUGAUCAAGGAAGCCAUUGAUGCCUUCAUGGAGGGGGAGGAGUGGAACAAGGCCAAGCGGGUGGCCAGAGAGCUGGAGCCCAGGUAUGAGGAGUAUGUGGACCAGCACUACAAGGAGUACCUCAAGAACCAGGGCAAAGUGGACUCGCUGGUGGGCGUGGACGUGGUGGCCGCCCUGGACAUGUAUGUGGAGCGGGAGCAGUGGGAGAAGUGCCUGGAGACUGCCGCCAAGCAGAAUUACAAGGUGCUGCACAAGUACGUGGCCCUCUACGCCACGCACCUGAUCCGGGAGGGCAGCUGGGAGAAGGCCCUGGGCCUCUACGUCCAGCACGGAGCCCCCGCCAAUGGUCAGAACUUCAACAUCUACAAGCGGCUAUUUGUGGAGAUGGUGAACGCAGGCGGCAUGAACUGCGCAGAGGCCUACCACCGCUGGGCUGACCUGCGGGACCUCCUCUUUGGCCUGUGUGAAAACCUGGUCAAGUCCAGCGAGGCCAACUCACCUGCGCACGAGGAGUUUGAGCGCAUGCUACUUGUGUCCCACUACUACGCCACGCGCUCUGCGGCACAGAGCAUCAAGCAGCUGGACACCAUGGCGGCCAAGCUCUCCGUCUCCCUCCUGCGACACACGGACAUCAUCCCGGUGGACAAGGCCUUCUACGAAGCUGGGACGGCGGCCAAGGCUGUUGGUUGGGAGAACAUGGCCUUCAUCUUCCUGAACCGCUUCCUGGACCUGACAGACGCCAUUGAGGAGGGCUCCCUGGACGCCUUGGACCACGCCGACUUCCAGUACACGGACAUUCCUUUCGAGGUGCCCCUCCCGGCCAAGCAGCACGUCUCCGAGGAGCAUCGGGAGGAGGUGCGCGACUGGGUGCUGACGGUCUCGAUGGACCAGCGGCUGGAGCAGGUUCUGCCGCAGGAUGAGCGCGGCACCUACGAGGCUUCCCUGCUGGCCCCCUCCACCGGCGUGCGCUCCCUGCCCUGCCUGGUCACCGGCUACCCAGUGCUGAGGAACAAAGUGGUCUUCAAAAGCCCCGGGAAGGAGGCCAACAAGGAGAGCUGGAACAAGUUCCUGAUGGCGGUCAAGAUGUCUCACAGCCCCCCCUGCCAGGACAUCCUCCGGUUUGUGGGCCAGUGGUGCGGGGGGCUGCCCACCUCCGGCUUCUCCUUCCAGUGAAGUCCUACCUGGCAGCCAGGCCCCCCCUCUCUUCCUCCUCCCCCCCCCCAAGAAAUUCCGGAAGUCCUCCUUGUAUUUAUUCUCCUGGAUUAAACCUUGUUUCUACA